CCGGCAGACGGCAGUCUACUACAGUCAGUAUUCGAAUACCAUCGUUCGCGACUGUUCGAAUUUAGUCAAAUUUCGUGUCUAAACAAAUUUAUUAUUUACAAACAUCGGAACUAUAAAAUAUAUUAUAAACUCAAGUUGGGAAGCGUGAGUUCUGCUCACACCAUCCCCGUGUAUUUUGGUUAUUUAUUUUGUGUUUUCCUUAGUUCAUAUUUUAUCUUAUUUAAAUUCGUGUAUUAAAUACCGAUAUCAAUAAAGGAUAAAAAAAAAAAAAAACUGAAAUAUCGCAUAUAAAUCAAGUCAGCACCCGAGAGAAAUACGUCGUCCCACCAUGGUGAAACGCCGCCAACGCUGAGUUCGUUUCGCCGCUCUCCGCCCUUGUCGUUUACCGCGUUAUGGAUACCAAGACGUCCGCCUAUCAUCUAACCCAUCACCAUCAUCAUCUACACCAGCAGACGAAGAAACAAACUUCAGCCGCAGCAGUCAUCGUCCGUUCUCGUCCAGUGCAGUUCGCACAAACGUUGGCCAGGGUUUUUCGUAUUGGGCGCAAGGAGAAGAUAUCAAAAAAAGCCGCCAACAAGAUAGCAGCAGCUAAAUCGUCCUCCACCGCCGCGUUCCACCACCAAUCGCAGCAACAAAUCGUCGUCAUGUCGCCACCUCCGACUAUGCAGACGGCCACACCACCGGCACCAUCAACUCAGGCCACCCAGACGUCCCAGGUGGUGCAAGUCAACGGCGGUGGUCAGUCUUUGACCGCCGACAAGAUCGUCAACAUGAUGCCAGUGACGAAACGCAAUCCAAAGGAUUACAUUUUCGGAAAGGUCAUCGGCGAGGGCAGUUACUCGACUGUGUAUUUGGCCAAAGACAUACAUACAAAUCGCGAACAUGCAAUUAAAGUCUGCGAAAAACAACAAAUCAUCAGGGAAAAGAAACGCGAACAAGUACGUCGUGAAAAGGACGCUCUUAAUAUUCUCAGCAAUUCAGGAUCCAGUCUUUUCGUCAAGCUGUACUGCACGUUCCAAGACACCGAACGACUCUAUUUUGUUAUGUCAUACGCAAAAAACGGUGACUUGCUACCGUACAUAAAUAAAGUGGGCUCGUUCGACGCUGCUUGCACUCGAUUUUACUCGGGCGAAAUCCUUCGCGCCCUGGAGCACCUACACGACCUGAACAUUAUGCAUAGGGACCUGAAGCCGGAAAACAUAUUGCUUGACCACAAUAUGCACAUCAAGGUGGCCGAUUUCGGGUGUUCGAAAAUACUCGAACAGACCGACGCUGUGGACAACCAAUCUAUUUUGGACGAAAACAAUCCCCGUCAGCGGACUAACAGUUUUGUCGGAACUGCCCAAUACGUCAGUCCUGAACUGUUGACCGAGAAAACGAUUUCGCCCAGUUCUGAUCUUUGGGCCCUCGGCUGCAUUAUCUAUCAGAUGAUUGCUGGUUUACCUCCCUUUCGAUCUAGGAGUGAAUACAUGUUAUUCAAGAAAAUUCUGAACCUCGACUAUGUGUAUCCAGACGGAUUCAAUGCAGAUGCCAAAGAUCUGGUACAGAAACUUUUGGUGCUUGAUCCAAACGAACGCCUGGGCACCAAGGAUGACCAACGGUACACUUCAAUUCGUUCACACCCGUUCUACAACGGCUUGGAUUUUGACACGCUGCAUGUAACAAAUCCACCACCUAUAUACCCUUACCUACCCGGAAAUAGCGAAGGCCAAGAGCUUCGUAGUCAAUACCGAGUUCCUGAUCAUUUGGAACCGGGCCUGGACGACAAACAACUGACCCGGUUACUAGGUCUGGAUGGCCAAAGCAGUUCCACGACCACCCCAGCACCUGUACCUAGACCGCGCAAACGAUCCGGCAUUCUUCAUAUGAAUGACGAAGAGAGGCAACACCAACUGAACCAGCAAAGAUGUAACAGUAAAUGGCAUGGUUUAGUUGAGGGAAAUCUGAUUGUCAAACAAGGAUUGGUCGACAAGCGAAAAGGUCUUUUUGCCAGAAGACGUAUGUUGAUGUUAACUAUGGGUCCACAUUUGUAUUAUGCCGAUCCAGUAUCUAUGACUUUAAAAGGAGAAAUACCUUGGAGUCCACAAUUGCGUGUGGAACCUAAAAAUUUCAGAAUAUUUUUCGUUCAUACGCCAAACAGGACUUAUUACCUAGAAGAUCCCGAAGGUUUUGCUUUGGAAUGGUGUAAAGCAAUUGAAGAAAUGAGAGUUAACACGUACGGUGUAUCUCCUACGACGUGCACUUAACAAAACUGUUAUUGAUAUGACUGUCUUUUUAGUAUAAUUUUGACAUAAACUAUAAUACUUUAAAUUAAAAAAAUGUUCUUUUAAUUACAAUAAUUAUUUAAUUUUUAGUAUAAUAAUAAUAUAUUGCAGUAUUUUGUUUUAAUGAAAAUGAUCUGCAAACAUAUCUGUGAUAUUAAAUUUAAAUUUUAAAUUAAUUGUAACUUAGCGUGAAACAAUGAAAUUCUAUGUAUAGUAUUUAUAAUGAUUAAGAUUAAGUUAUUUAUUAAAUAAUUAUAUUACAUAAAAAACGGCUGGUGACACUGCCCCUUGCCCUUGGAACAGGCUGUGCUUGAUCGAUAAAUACCUUUUUAGUGAUAAUUUAUUUUUAAUAUUUUUUUCUUUCUCAAGAUCGAUUGGUUGUGCCUUUUAAAUUUAUUUAUUUGUUUAAUUAAAUUUGCAGUGGUUCAGUUAUUAUUAGGGAUUUCUCUUUUACAUUAAUAUAAUAUAAUAACUAAAUGUUAAACAUUAAUUUUAAGUUCUUUAUAACAGUGUUAUUUAAUAAUUUAGUUAAAUUGUUGAGAUUUAUCUAGUGCAUUUUAAUAAAAAAAUCAAGUUACAUAAAUAACUCCGCGCCAUUUGUAUUACUAUUUUUGAGAAAGAAAAAGUACUAACAUUUUAUAAUUUAUUUUAUUAUUUUGUAUGUAUUUGUUCUAGCCUUAUUUUGUAUAAUUAACUCGUACUCUCGUCCUCUAUGGUAUAAUGUUUGUAGAAACUUAUCUCGUUAUAUUUUUUUGUGAACACUCACUAUUCUAAACGCCUUUUAUUUGCAUGCAUGCAGUAUUUACUGUGAUAUAUUUAUUGUACGUAUUCAAAUUGAAAAGUAAUAAUAAUACUUGAAAUUAGAUGAAGAUUAAUUUUAGUUAAUUUUUAAAAUAAUUGAUUUAAACUAAUCGAAUUAGUUCCUAAAAUAAAAAUGUUGAUUAAAUACACUUAUACAGAACCCAAAUAUUGUUCUUUUUAUUAAAUAAUAUACUAUUAUUAGCAGGACACUUUUAUCUAAUGUUAAAUAAAUAUAUUAACCGACACUGUCCUAUAAUCCCUUCAUAAAUAGUAAAAUUGUGUAUCAUAAUUAUGAUUUCUUUAAUAUAUUUUUUUUCUGUAAACUAAAUCAUAGUUAUAUAUGUAUUAUGUUGUAUACAAGUAUACAACACUAAAUUGUUUUAUGUAAAAGUGUGUGUGUGUUUGUGUGCAUAAUGUGUGCGUGUAUGUGUAUAACUAUGCGUUUAAAUACGAUUAAAAAAUGAAUAACAAGUUACAUUAGUAAAACCGGUGUGUUCAUUAUGCAAUAACCUAAUUUUACUGAUACUUUAUACUACCGAUACGUUCUAAUAUUGUAAUUAGUUUUUUUUUUUUUAUGGUAGAUAAUAUUGAAAUUUGGUUUUGUCUUAUUACUAUAUGCUGUGUAAAACGGUGUUGUUCUUUAAUAUGUAAGGCCCUGGAGAAGCGUUUUCGUCGUGCGCCUCGGCGAAAUGUUGUUUGAAGUUACCCAUCUUAUGAAUGAAUUAAGUUUAAAUUAAUAACGUAAUUAGUAUAAUAUUGUAUAAGGUAAUGUAAUUGACUAGGAAAAAUGAAUAAAUAAAUUAUAUGAAAUUUGAAAAUAUUAA